AUGUUUCACACAUCGACCCAGCGCGAGCACUGGACAUUUUCCUCGAAAGAUGACCUCUUCACCCUUCGAGAAAGGGUCAACGAAAACUACCGGUCGAAAAUGAGCUCACGAUUGAAGCUAGGGCCCUCUCAAUGGCUUGCUCCAGAUGAAGAGCUCAAAUAUAUAAAGUAUUAUGAAGGAAGACUUCAAAGUUUCUGCAACCACUUCAAGGUCCCUGUCAAGAACAUAUUCAGCCUUCCUCCGACCGUCAAAGCCACUGCAAUCGUUUACUUCAAGCGUUUUUACCUCCGGACGUCUGCGAUGGAAUACAACCCGCGUUUUGUUGCUUUUGCAUGUCUCUGGCUCGCCACCAAAGUUGAGGAGUUCAACGUCUCCAUUACAGAGUUUGUCGAGAAUUUGCAGCCGAAGGAUCAAGACGAAUGCACCCACUUCGAGGACAUCAUUUUGUCUCUCGAAUUGCCGAUUAUUCACGCUCUGAAGUAUCACCUGACAAUACAUAAUCCAUACAGACCCCUAGAAGGAUUUCUCAUCGAUCUUCGAGCGAGAUGCGAGGGUCUUCAAAACAGCGAUAUUCUCCGCCAAAAUGCAUAUGCUUUUCUCGAUAAGGUCUUCCGCACUGACGUUCCUCUUCUUCACCCACCAUCAGUGAUCGCAAUUGCCGCUUGCAGACAAUCAGCGAGCGAGAAUAAAGUGUCCAUUGAUCAGUACAUUCUCGGAAAAUUGUUCCCCGAUUCCAAAGAAUCACCAGAAUAUGAGCACUUCAAAACUGCUAUCAAAAAGAUCCGGAGCGCUGUCAAAAAGUCCGACAAAGAGAUUCCGGCCCCAGAAGUCGUCGGUCAACUCAAAGCCAAGUGGGAGCGCUGUCGAAAUCCAGACCUUACUGACGAAAAACUUGUCCAAUUCGUUGACGAUGAUGAUGAUGCUGCUCCAGUUGUUGAAACAAUUUCAAUGGAUGAUCUCGUCGAUUUCUAA